CUCUAUUUUCCUCUUCUCUCCUCUCCGCUCCUUGCGCACGCAUCCAAAACCUCUCCCCUCCUAGUUUCUCAAUGAAUCUUUCUCCCAGGUUCAACCCCUCCCACUUUGUGUAAGCGCUUAAUUGUCAGCCUUGACGGAAACUUGCGUCGGCUUAAAUACCGUGUGCGCCUCAUGCAUUGAGGGUGGAACUGACUAACUUCUCCAAGCGGGCAUCUCUUGUGUGCAUUUUUUUUUCUUGUUCUUGUGCGCUUUGCUUUAUUUCUGCCACUGACCGACAAGCAUGCAGGUGUCUCUGGCCCUCCUCGUCUCCAGCUCGGCGCUCCUGCUGCUCCAGGGAUGCUGCACCGCCGUGAAGGGAUGGAAGGUACUAAAAAAUGAUGCUACGGAGAUUUUACCGGAGUACAGAGAAAAUACUCGGACUCCACAGGAGGCAAUACUACAGGCGUCCAACGGCAGCAAUAACAACAAUAGCAACACUAUGAAUAACAGGGCGAAAAACGGUGGAAGAACAGCAAACACAGUCUCCUACAGUGCCUCGGAGCUGAGCUGCAGGGAGCUGCGUUCCACCCGUUACAUCACCGACGGGUCCUGCCGCAGUGCCAAGCCGGUUAAGGAGCUGGUGUGUUCGGGCCAGUGCAUGCCCGCACACCUCAUGCCGAACUCCAUCGCUCGCGGCAAAUGGUGGAGGAGUAACGCUUCGGACUACCGCUGCAUCCCGGCCCACUCCCGGACAAGGAGGGUCCAGCUGCAGUGUCCUAACGGCAACACUCGGACUUACAAAAUCCGCGUGGUCACCUCCUGCAAGUGCAAGCGCUUCAGGCCCCACCAUAACCAGUCGGUGGCCAAGGAGGUCCCGAAGAGGCAACGCAACAAGAAGCACAGUCGUUCGCCUCAAGACAGAAGCAAGAACACCACGCCACUGAUGGGCAACUCGUACUGAUGCUCCUCUUCAGCAUCCAAAAACAGACACCAAAGCACACACAUACACACGCACAUGUCACACAACACACAAACCAACAUAUCUCCUUCAAAUAGGGAGGAGAUGCAAAAGAAAUUUCAAAGAGAGCGAAUUCAUAAGCUAAUUGCUGGGCUGGUUUUAAGUCAUCAGUCUUUCUUUUUCAGCCACUCGUCAGCAUAUUUGUGAACUUUGCUUAUUUGCAUGACAAAAUGAGUCAGUGCCAGGGCUUGCCACAACUGUGACUGGUCAUGAGAUGUAGCACCAUGUCGGUUAAUAUGAAACAAGUAUCUGAUCACCCCAACAGCUCAAAACCUCCCUGAGCUCGGGUCCAUCCUCCACUCAAACAGAUUUCAUUUAAGCAUAAUGAGAAGUCCUCCCAGAGACUUCCAGCCCAUCUGUACAAACAUCCAGCGGAUGCAGAGCUCCGCCACACCACAACCCCGUUUAAAGCUGAAAAGGUGCAUCUUUGCCAAAGUGGUUGUAAUCCAUCUCCUUUUGGCUGUGUGUGGAGGAGAUGGUGGCAGCUCUGGGGGCUCUGAUGGUGGGAUGUCGACAGGUUUUGAGAGGCCCUGGCCAGUACAGUCCAGCACUCUCCACGCUGCAGCAACCCCAACAAGGCCUGUCAGUUACAGUAGCGCCUUUCCCAUGACUAGAUACAGAGAGUCAGGAGAGACAGAGAAAGAGAAAUGGGGGAGAAAGCAGUUUUGUCAGCACUAACACCACGGGGGUACUGGGUAUUCCUGUGACUUCUCUUUAUUACUAAAUGAGCCCAUUCAUGUGUUAUUUGAGUCAUAAAAAGCCAUUUCCUCUGGACAUAGCCAGUUCCUGUUUGCUGGAAUCACACACAAAAAUGUGCACGUGUGUAGGAGGCAUCAGAAAAUUGUGCGUGGUUGUGUUGUUACCUAGGGGCAGAGCGUUCUCCAGCACGCCCACACUGGAAUUCUUUUGUAACGGGCCAAAUAGAGCAGCGAUCAACCAUCCACGGCCAAAAUCCAUCCGUUGUGUUGGAUUCUGCCUGCAGGAAUCGAGACACCGCCACUCCUCUCUGCUCCCAUUCUGUAAAUAGCUCAAAGAGGAAAAAUAGGAAUAAAAAUAACAUAAUGAAAACAAUAAUUCAGUUUUUAUCAUUGUACUGACUGAUAAAAAUCAGUCAGGAAGAGGAAGUGGCGAUACCCAGUCUGUCAGUACAGGCAGCCACCUUCCUCCGCAAUGCCUCAGAUGGGACUGUACUUCAUGAAGAAUAUUCACAAUGUUUCCACAUAUUGUCAGCGCUCUGUUGUUUUUCCGCUCAUAUUGCUUCCCGAUUUUGGUUGUCUAAACUGUACUGACAAUGUUUGCUUCUUUUUCCGAUUGUAUGUUUGAAAUAGCAACUGGAAGGGGUUUGUCGUGUAAGCUGAGAGCUGUGAUGCAUAACGUGAUUGUACAUAUCAUACCUGUGUGGUCUUCUGCAGUGGUGCCCUCACUUGACAGGGUUUUAAAGAGAAGCAGGGAGGGAGGGAGGGCUGUUUCCUACAGACACAAAGAAGGACUGUUAUAAAGAAUGAACUGCAUAUUUAUUUUUUAUUUCCACAUUUAAAUUAUUUAUGCAACCUUUUGUAGUAAAUGAUAGCCAUUAUUGUCAUAUAGUAUGAUAGAGACUUUGGAAAUGAAAUACUGUACAGUACAUAAAUAAAGUAAAGGCAGAUAUAUUUGAAA